UGCCGAAGGGCGCUGAGCACCUAGGUAAUGAUUAAUGGCCGUGCCCACCCGGGGGGCGGGGAGGGGAUAAAGGGGGCUGCGGGGCGGGAGCCAGGCGCUCACACGCGUCCCCUCUCCGCCCUCCCGGCAGCAUGACACCUGCGGCCCCGCUCCACCUGCUGCUGCUCUGCCUGCUGAGCGGCCGCCGGCUGCGCGGGGAGCCCGGGCAAGGCGCGGGCACCUGGGCUCGCUUCGCCCGCCUGCCCUACCCGGAGGACGAGCUCUUCCUCUACGACACCUUCCCCGCGGGCUUCCUGUGGGGGGCGGGCAGCGCCGCGUACCAGGCCGAGGGGGGCUGGCGCCAGGGCGGCAAAGGCGCCUCGGUGUGGGACACCUUCGCGCACCGGGCGGCGCCGGCCGGCGCCCGCCAGCCCCAGCCGCUGCCCUCGGCGCCCGCCGGCGGGGACGUGGCCAGCGACAGCUACAACAACCUCUUCCGCGACACGGAGGGGCUGCGGCGCCUGGGCGUCUCCCACUACCGCUUCUCGCUCUCCUGGGCGCGCCUGCUGCCCAACGGCACCGCGCCCCCCAGCCCCUCCGGCCUGGCGCACUACGGCCGCCUGCUGGCCCGCCUGCGGCAGCUGGGCGUGGAGCCCGUGGUGACCCUCUACCACUGGGACCUGCCGCAGCGCCUGCAGGACGCCUACGGGGGCUGGGCCAGCCCGACCCUGGCCGAGCUGUUCCGGGACUACGCCGGGCUCUGCUUCAAGCACUUCGGCGGCCAGGUCCGCUACUGGCUCACCAUCGACAACCCCUACGUGGUGGCCUGGCACGGCUACGCCACCGGCAGGCUGCCCCCGGGCGUCAAGGGCGGCCCGCCGCUGGGCUACAGGGCGGCGCACAACCUCCUCCAGGCCCACGCCAAAGUCUGGCAUCUCUACAAUGAUCAUUUUCGUCCAACUCAAGGAGGCCAAGUGUCCAUUGCCCUCAGCUCCCACUGGAUAAAACCUCAAGCUAUGACUGAACAAGACAUACAAGAAUGUCAAAAAUCCCUUGACUUUGUGUUGGGCUGGUUUGCUAAACCCAUAUUUAUUGAUGGUGACUACCCUCAGAGCAUGAAGAAUAACCUCUCAUCUCUGCUGCCUGAAUUCAGUGAUGCAGAGAAGAAGUAUAUCAAGGGAACAGCUGACUUUUUUGCUCUUUCUUUUGGAGCAACACUGAGUUUCCAGCUCUUGGACUCUCAGAUGAAAUUCCAUCAGUUGGAAUCACUAAGCCUGAGGCAGCUCCUUUAUUGGAUAAGCCGUGAAUAUAACAAGCCCAAAAUAUUCAUUGUGGAGAACAGCUGGUUUGUCUCUGGUAGCACCAAGCGAGAUGAUGCCAAGUAUAUUUAUUAUCUCAAGAAGUUCAUUAUGGAAACUUUAAAAGCCAUCAGAUAUGAUGAAGUUGAUGUCUUUGGGUACACCGUUUGGUCCCUCAUGGAUGGCUUUGAAUGGCAUAGAGGAUACAGCAUUAGACGUGGAUUAUUUUAUGUUGAUUUUCAAAGCCAUGACAAGAAGUUUUUGCCAAAGUCUUCAGCUUUGUUCUACCAAAAGCUAAUUGAGAGAAAUGGCUUCCCGCCUUUACCUGAGAAUCAACCCAUAGAUGGGAAGUUUCCCUGUGACUUUGCUUGGGGAAUUGUUGAUAACUACGUUCAGGUAGACACAACCCCCACCCAAUUCCUUGACACUAAUGUAUACGUGUGGGAUGUUCACCACACUAAGAAACUUAUUAAAGUUGAUGGAGUUGCUACCCCAAAACGUAAGCGUCACUGUGUUGACUUUGCUGCCAUCAGGCUCCAGAUCUCGCUGCUGCAGGAAAUGCAUGUCACACAUUUUCAUUUUUCACUGAAAUGGUCUUUGAUUCUCCCUUUGGGUAACCUGUCUCAAAUCAACCACACAUUCUUGCACUAUUAUCAGUGUUUUGUUAGUGAACUUCUCAGAGUUAAUAUAACUCCUGUUGUAGCUUUAUGGCAACCUAUGGCUGACAACCAAGGGCUUCCUGUUGUGCUAGCCAAAUAUGGAGCCUGGGAGAACCCAGAGACUGUUCAAGCCUUUGUUGAGUAUGCCAAGCUCUGCUUCAAAAGUCUGGGCCACCAUGUCAAAUUUUGGAUUACAAUGAAUGAACCCUAUGUGAGGAACCUGACAUACUCUGCAGGGCAUAAUCUGUUGAAAGCCCAUGCUAAAGCCUGGCACCUGUAUGACAAAGAAUUUAGAAGAUCUCAGAAAGGUAAAAUAUCUAUAGCUCUGCAAGCCGAUUGGGUAGAGCCAGCCUGUCCUUUUUCCAAAAAUGACCAAGAAGUUGCUGAUCGAGUUCUAGAAUUUGACAUUGGCUGGCUUGCUGAGCCCAUCUUUGGGAACGGUGACUAUCCACAUGUGAUGAGAGAAUGGCUUCACCAAAGAAACAGCAUUGAUUUAUACAAUUUCCACUUGCCUUAUUUCUCUGAAGAAGAAAAGAAAUUAAUCCAAGGCUCAUUUGAUUUUUUUGCCUUAAGUCAUUACACCACUAUUCUUGUGGACUGGGAAAAAGAAGAUGCACUGAAGUAUGAUCACUAUCUUCAAGUUCAAAUGAUAAAAGACAUCACAUGGCUGAACUCCCCAAGCAGAGCCGCUGUGGUGCCCUGGGGACUGCGCAAAAUGCUCAAGUGGGUUAAAUCCAAGUAUGGGGAUGUCCCAGUUUAUAUUACAGCCAAUGGAAUUGAUGAUGAUCAGAAUAUGGCUCAAGAUAAACUGAGAGUAUAUUACAUACAAAAUUAUAUCAAUGAAGCUUUAAAAGCAUACACCCUGGAUAAUGUCAAUCUACGGGGAUAUUUUGUCUAUUCUUUUAAUGACAGGACUGCUCCCAAAUACGGCCUCUAUCGUUACAUUGCUAAUCAGUAUGAGCCGAAGCCUUCCAUGAAACAUUACAGAGGAAUAAUUGACAAUAAUGGUUUUCCCAGUUCAGAAACUCCUGAUAGACUGUGCCCAGAAAUGCUUGUCUUGUGCCCUGAAUGCAACCUUUUCCAAACCAGAAAAUCUUUAUUAGCUUUUAUAUCUUUUAUAUUUUUUGCUUUUAUUUGUACUGUAUUCUUCAUUAUUUACUACUCUAGGAGGGUUGAAAGAAGGUAUAAAUAGUGCUGCCCCUUCGCAUCCAGCACUCGCUACUCCUUCAUCUGCAUUCCCUUGGGAAUUCUGAAAUAAUGGCACACAAGGUUGUAAUCACUUCAAUACUAGGGAACCAUUUGCACUUUAUAAUACUGUGAAGCACUGAAGUUGAAAAUGGAUUGUGAACAUAGGGCCCUGAAAUCCUUCUCUGUGUUUUAAUACUUCUGGUUUAUGACGGAUCCUUGAUUGUUGUCAUCAAAUUUAUCUCAGAACUUUGAUUGAGGCCCUUUAUUUGGGCAGGUUUUUUCCACUCGGGUAAGGGUAUUUUUAAAAAAGGCCUACAAUUAGCCUGAUGGUGGAGACACAAACAAAGAUAUUAACUUAGAUGUAUAUUGGGUUUGGUUUUAGUUUAAGACAUAUAGUAGUGGAAAACUACAGAUGUGGAGUUCUCAGGGUGAAAGAUUGAUGAGAAACAAAAGAAACCAUCUCCCCAAACCAGGUGUUAU